GCUGGCGUGCACUCAUACUCAUUCCCUGGCGUGCACUCAUACUCAUUCCAUCAGUAGAUAAGUAAUAUUGAGCUUCAAAUUUCAAAUUUAAAUCGACCAGUUUCUGGACAAGUUGAAGGUGAAUUCAAGUCAGUGGCAGUAAUUUAUUACUAAUAAGCGUGACAAUAUGGAUAAGAUUAAAAUAUAUCUAGAUAAACAUAUUCAGAAAGGCAAUACCUUCUCAGCAUACUUGAAGUUGGAACAUGCUGAAUACAAGAACGGUAAAUCAGAGAUAAUGAGCCCAGAGUAUGUAGUGUGUAGCAUUGCCAUCUUACAGGUAAAAGUGGCCAUAUUAUCAUGGGUUAGUAAUACUUUAUGGAACACAAGCAUAACCAGCACUUUUAGGUUCAGUAAACGUAGUAAAGACUGUUUAAACUGUGUGUUAAAUUUUAAAAUUAACAACAGCACCCUCACAAUAGUAUCUACAGAAUGUUCUGGCGGAUUCAUACAGGCACCGGAGAGUUACAGCUUAUCCGACCUCAUGUCUGGGAAUGUGAAGGUUGCAGGUGUCAUAGACAUUUUCAUGGAACCCAGCCCAAGCAGUGCUUUGUAUGACGACAAGGACCUGAUUGACUUCAGCCUGAAGGGAAUAGACGGAUCAGUGGAUGUCCACCGCCAUAUAAUGGCUGCUAGCAGUCCUGUAUUGAAGGCCAUGCUGACAGGCCCAUGGAGGGAGGCUAAACAAGGCAUCCUAGAUCUCAAAGAUGUCCACAUAUCAACUAUUCAACAUCUAAAGGAUUAUAUUUACUUGAACAAAGUACCGGAGACAGGGCUAGAUGAAUUGAUCAAACUGGCCAAAUACUUGUCGAUGACAACAUUGGUGAAGAUUUGUGUGUUCCAUAUACUGACAGGUUUGACUAUGGACAAUUUUUGGAAUUGGAUCCAUUUUGCAGAAGCUAACAAUAUUUCGGAGCUGAAACCAUGGCUGCUAGAUUCUGUAAAAAGGAGUGAUGUUACUCUAGGGAUAACUGAUUUCAUAACUAGCUAUGAAGUAUUGACUAUUGGCAAUGAAGGUAAUGAAGAAAAAAUUAGGCAAGAUGCUGAGUGAAUAAAGAAAAAAAUAUUUUAUGCUGACAUCCUGUCAGGCUCAUAGUAGGACAUUGAAAAAAAUAAUUGCUAUGCAUGAUUUUUAAAUAACAACACUGGAUUUGUUUUCUGUUUUUAAAAUAAGUUAAGUACUAGUUAACAUGUUAAGUUUUAAAAUUUUCUUAAGUUGAAGGUUUGUUUUUCUUUGGUUAUGUUGAUUAAAGUUUAUUUUUAUAUAAUAAAUAAUACCCUAAUAACCUAUGUAGCUACUAAGAUUAAAGUUUAUCUACUGAAAAA